UUAACGGAGGAAGUAUUUGAAAUUUCCAAUUUUCUAAAACAAAAGAAAGAAAGAAAAAACCGUGUUUCUCUCUUCUGCUUCUUUAUUCUGGUUCACACCUCAAUGGUCCGCCCUAUAUAACUCACCACUCCACCGUCUCUACGCCUCUACCCACCUUCUCUCUCCUCAUUUUUACAGUCGAUUUAUCAAAUAAUCACAAUUUUGGGUCUUUUUUAAUUUUACCCCCAUUUUGGGGUUUUCUGCCGGAAUCAUCAAUUCAUCAUCAUCAGUGUUUUACAUGCUUAAGGGUUGUUAGGCUGGAGCGUUUUAUAGGUGACUCAAAUUGUUUGUAGCAUGAGCGCAAGGGUUUCGAGGGUUAUUCCUCCCAAGAGUACCGCCCGCAACUCACAACGUAGUAAAAUGGUAUUAAAUGUUGAUCUCAAUGUGCCACCUUCUGAUAAUUUUUGUGAGGUUGGCACAUCGAGCCAUGCACCGCCGGUUGAUCAGCAAGUUCAAGCUGGGCAACCGUUGUCUGCACCGCAAGUUGUUGUGCCAAUUGACGUGGAUUCGUUUGAUGACGAUGUCGUUUUAUGCUCUCCAAGGGCCUUUGCGGAGGCCAAAAAUAAUUCAAGGAGGAAUCAAACUAGAAGUAAUGUUGUUGACAUUGAUCAGGAAUCUUCGAGUAGAGUUGCUGCUAAUAACCGUAACAAGCGACAAAGAGGCUCAACAAACCCACCUGUCAUCAAUUGUGAAUCAUAUGUUAUUCCGGAAAGGCGCGGCAAUGGCGUGUGUGGAAAUGGUAAGAGUUGUCAAGCGCAAACAAGAAGCAUGGUUGCACCACCACCACCACCACCACCUCCUCCUCCUCCACCUGAGCCCACAUUCAGUUGUCCUGUUUGCAUAAGUCCUUUGGUUGAAGAGGUGACAACAAAGUGUGGUCACAUUUUCUGCAGGGCAUGCAUUAAGAAAUCAAUUUCUACUCAGGGGAAGUGUCCUACCUGCAGGAGAAAGGUGACAAUGAAAGAUGUAAUCAGGAUCUACCUACCUACUACUAGAUAAAUUUGAGAUUCCUAUCUAUUCAUGUCAAAGAAGGAAAUUCUUGAUGUCUUUCGAUGCUGGUGGAGGUUAGAAAGAAGUCAUUGAUCUUCAGCAAAUUGUUAAUUAAGCCUCCAAUUUAUAAGAAAAAGGACUAUAAGGUUGGGGAGUAUCCCCAUAUGCCAAUAUCCGGGAGUUUGUAAAGUGAUGUCCGUUGUAUUGGUGGAACUUCAGAUGCCCUAAUUUAGGUUUCUCAUUCUUAUUUCUUUCUUCUUUCUUUUAGUAUUAGCCAUCGGGGCUUCAAGGUUACCUCAUCCCAUUGGGUCAUAUUAUUCAAAUGUUGUGGCUGUUGUUGGCCUUUGAUAGAGAUACUAUCAUUGAUACUGUCGGCAAUAUAGAUUAGACAAGCUUAUCAA